AUGAACGACAAAUCCUACCAGAUACACUUCAAAAUCUCUCCUCCACCAUCUCAGACAAACAUUUCCUUAGGAAGAGAAAGAACGGAGACAACAGAGAGAGAUGGGAAGAAAGAAAGAAAAGAUAUAUAUACAGACAACGGUGGGAGAGGUGUCCCAGUAGCUUCGGCGGCUGGUGAAGACUUGUUAGCUGAGAGGGACUUCGGUGAGCCUUCUGCCGAUAAUGGACUUAUGAAGGUUGGAAUUCCAUCUCAAUUGCCCUCACUUCCUGCCUCUCAUCACGUUGCUAGCCAGGAGGAGAGUUUUUCAAUGACUGCACACUCUCUUCAAGCUAUGAGAUAUGGCUUCAUUAUUUAA